UCUUCUGUAUAUUUUUGUUUUCUCGAAUUCCCAUAAAUGCAUAAACAGCUGUAGUUUAUAAUACCGGUUUACCAACUAUUUUUUGUUUUUUCGUUUAAUAUACGUUUUAAUGUAAAACUAAGGGAAUUAGAUAUUAGAAAUGAGAAUUUGAGGUUGAUGUGACAUUGUAUUAAGCCGAGAAGGACGGAAGGUUGACCAUCUAUCGCUAUUGUUACAAUGUUGAGUCCGACCAUAGAGAAGCAGCUUCAAAGAAGCACGUAGCACGUUGCAACAUUUGUAUGCAAUGACCGUGUCGUCGUGAAAAGGAACGAGCGUCGUGUUUUCCUCCACAGUUUGGUAGUUCCACACUUUGAGUACGGCUAAUGGAAACGUGUACAUUGAAGGAAUAUACACCUGCCUUGCGAAGACUCAAUAAUUGAAUUUACUAAUACAAACUAGUUUCGAACACGAAGCUGAUUGGUUUUUUGUUACAUGUUUACUCGUUUAUGGAUCGACAAAGAUACGAAGGACGUGCCGAAUGGCAGGAUCGGUGUAACCUUGAAGAACGAGCCGAAACCAGGAGCCGAGAGGGAGCUUCUUCUCGAAGAGGAUUCGCCGAAAAACGGCGACAUCGAUGUUGGAAAGUGUUGCAACGAUUCAAACGGUAUGCCGGAAUUCAAGGACGAUCAGAUCCAGUCGAACGACGAGGAGGUUUGUUUGGAUCUUGGAGAACCCUCGCCGGAAGUGAUGGAGUACGCCAGGAGAGAACUUGGAGAGACGGACGACGUUAAGUGUAGGACCCUUCAGGAAUUAAGGGAUAUGAUUUAUGAGAGAGGAGAAUGUCUGCCGCACAGGAUGGACGAUGACUUCUUGAUUAGGUUUCUAAGGACGAGGAAUUUUAACGUUAACAGGGCGCAUAGACUGAUCGUAAACUACUGCACCUUCAAAGAGGAACAUCCGGAGAUCCAUCAAGAUGUGUGUCCACUGGAGAUGAAGCACAUCGGCGAAGACGACGUGAUGUCAGUGCCAGCUUACAGGACGCAGGAUGGCAGGAGAAUAAUGAUCUAUCGACUGGGAAAUUGGGAUCCAAGGAAAUAUGGCGUGGAGGAGAUCUUUAAAGCCACGGUCAUCAUUCUUGAACUCGGAGUUUUGGAGCCGAGAGCGCAAAUCCUUGGCGGCGAUGUAAUUUUUGAUCUGGAGGGCAUCACUAUGGCGCAUGCGUGGACUAUCACUCCUCAGGUGGCCAGUAUGGUGGUAGCUUUGAUAGUGUCAGCGUUCCCAAUGACGACCCACGCUAUACACAUCCUCCAUCAAUCCUGGGUAUUCGACGUGAUGUUCUCGGUAUUUAAGCCACUUCUGGACGUGAAGAUGCAGAAUAAGAUCUUCUUUCACGGUAGCAACAUGGAAAGCCUUCACGAGCACAUCUCACCGUUCCAUUUGCCGAAGAAGUAUGGCGGAACCAGGGAGGAAUUGGCUUACUACAAGUGGAUAGACAACCUCAGCAAAGUCCCUCAAAUCGUCAAAGAGAUGAAGCAAGUCGGCUACAUAGUCCCUGAGGAGAUACAGAAGCAGUUAGACCAAUUGGUCGAGGAUUGAAUUAGGAUGUGCCUCAGGGAUUCCUGCGUUGCCAGUUCAAUAUUAUCUUCCAUUCUUGAUUAACAGUAACUAUGUACGUUUCAUGGUCAUUUAUAGACACGUCGAUUCACAGUUAGGAUUUGGCUUGACUCUUUUUUUUUUAUUUCAUUUACUUUUUUUUUUAUAUCAUCGUUGCUUUAACGCGUUUCUUCCCUGUCAGAGGAUACAUUUUAUUUAGAGUAACUAUCACAUUAGACGCAACUGAAGUAUUGUAUAUUUUAUAAUCGAUAUUCCAUUAUUACGUUCGUUCCACGACUUCCUAUAUUUUUUACUAUUUAGUGGUCACCAAGUACUUCCCGCUAUAGUAUCGAUUAAACGUUUUAGAAAAAUCA